CGGACACACGUGGGACACGGGGGGAUACGUCUUGGACACGCGAAAAUCCGUGUCCGUUUUUUUUUUUGAAUUUCUUCUGUACGGACACGGGCCGUGUCUCACCCAGACACGGUCCGUUUUGUGAUGGACACGCAAUUACGGCUUUACAAGCCCAACUUCCUCCAUUCUCUCUGACUCUCUCACAUUCUCAAUUCCUCCAUUCACAAUUCACAAACCUACUGCCUUACUCAAGCUCCCUGAGUCCCAGACCGUCAGCCACUCACCGUCGCGCCGAUAACUGCCGUCGCUUCACCUGCUGCUGCUGGUCCAGACCGUCACUCAGUUCACCGUCGCUUCGUCGCCUACAGCCUACUCUCACAGAGACACAGACUUCACUCGCCGCUCGUUGUUCGUCCUCAGCCACCACCCCAGUGUCGCCAGCCACCAGUCCACCAGACCACCACCAGGUAACUCGCUCAACCUAGGUUUCAGGCCGUGGCUUGACUGGCUUCUGUACUUUGUUUUUUUUUUUAAAUUCAAUUAAUUCAGUCGCUAACUCGCUCAACCUAGGUUUCAGGCUGUCGUUGUUCGUCCUCAGCCACCAGUCCACCACCCAGUACCGUCCGUCGCCACUCGACAGCCACCAGUCCACCACCAGGUAAGGGUUAUGUGACUUCUGUCUUCUGUACUUUGUUUUCUGAAAUUCAAUUGCUGAAUGCUGAUGUUAAUUGUGAGGUGGAGCCGUGGAGGCAGUAUCACUGUAAUUCGCAAUUGUUAAUUAUUAAAUGUGAUGUUAAUUGUUAAUUGUGAUGUUAAUUGUGAGAUGGGUUCAGCUGUCAAAUUGUAUUGUGCCCUGGUUGCUGAAAUUGUAUUGUAUUGUUGACUCGCUGACUUGCUGGUUGCUGAAAUUGUAUUGCUGAGUUGCUGACUUGCUGGUUGCUGAAAUUGUAUUGCUGACUUGCUGGUUGCUGAAAUUGUAUUGUUGUGUUGCUCACUUUGCUGUGUUGUCUUGCUGAAAUGUGCUGUUGUGUUGCUGAAAUUGUCAGGAAUGUCUUCUAGUUCCUCUGCUUCAUGCAAUGUCAGUGGUAGUAGUAAUUCAUCUGAGUCAAUGAAAGACCUCUACCCUUUGUGGAAGUUUGUUGUUAAGGGUGAUAAAAUAUCGGGUGGUGGAGGAAAUUAUAAUUGGAAAUGUAACUUUUGCGGCGAAGUUAAAAAUGGUUCAUACACUAGAGUGAAAGCUCAUUUGCUAGGUGAACAAGGGAAAGGGAUUCAAACUUGUAAUAAAGUGAAAAUUGAUGACCUUGCUAAACUAAGAUCGCUUCAUCGUGAAUCCGAGGAUUAUAAAAAAUCUUUGUUACCAAAAGUUCCACCUUUUUCAAAUGAACCCAUAUCUUCUCACACAUCAACUGAAGCUACAUCAAUGAGACUAGGUUCAUUUGAUAAUGUAAAGAAGAGGAAAUCAAAAAAUACAAUUUCCGAUGCUUUUAAUGUGAAAUCUCGUGACCACUUGGAUUCUGAAAUUGCUAGAAUGUUUUACACAGGGGGGUUGCCUUUUAAUCUUGCUAGAAACCCUUACUAUGUUAGUUCAUAUACAAUGGCUGCCAAUUCUAAUCUCUCUGGUUAUAAGCCUCCCGGAUACAACAAACUUAGAACAACUUUGCUUUGUAAAGAGACAGAAAAUGUGGAUAGGUUAUUACAACCUAUGAAAGCCACAUGGAAAACAAAAGGUGUUAGCAUUGUUAGUGAUGGGUGGAGUGAUCCACAAAGAAGGCCUUUGAUUAACAUUAUGAUUGCUUCUGAAACGGGUCUUAUGUUUAUGAAAGCUAUUGAUUGCUCGGGUGAGAUUAAGGACAAAGAUUUCAUUGCUACCUUACUAAGUGAGGUGAUUGAUGAAAUUGGAGAUCAAAAUGUUGUUCAAAUAAUCACAGAUAAUGCAAGUAAUUGUAAGGCUGCAGGGGAAUUGGUUGAGGGUAGGUAUCCUCAUAUAUAUUGGACACCAUGUGUUGUUCAUACACUUAAUCUUGCAAUGAAAAGCAUCUGUGCAGCUAAGAAUGUGUUGAAUAAUGUUGAAGUAUAUGAUGAAUGUCAUUGGAUAACGGAAGUUCAUGCAGAUGCCUUGUUCAUUAAAAAUUACAUAAUGAAUCAUUCGAUGAGGCUUUCAAUGUUCAAUAAGUUUUCGCCAUUAAAACUACUUUGCAUUGCCGACACUCGUUUUGCUUCAAUUGUGUGCAUGCUUAAAAGGUUGAAACUCCUUAAAACAUCACUUCAAUCAAUGGUUAUUAGUGAGAAUUGGUCCUUAUACAAAGAUGAUCGACGCGGGCAAGCCUCACAUGUAAGGGAAAAGAUUUUGGAUGAAAUAUGGUGGGAAAAAGUUGAUUACAUUCUUGAUUUUACACGCCCAAUCUAUGAGAUGAUUAGGGUUUGUGACACCGACAAAUCUUCCUUGCAUUUGGUUUAUGAAAGAUGGGACAUUAUGGUUCAAAAGGUGAAAGAUGCCAUCUACAAGAAAGAAGGUAAACUAGAUUAUGAACAAUCUACCUUCUUUAAUGUAGUUAAAGGGAUUCUUAGUAGUCGUUGGAGUAAGGGUAGUACUCCACUUCAUUCAUUAGCACAUUCUUUGAAUCCAAGAUUUUACACGGAAGAAUGGCUUAAUGAGGUCCCGGGACGAGUUGCUCCAAAUGCCGACAAUGAAAUUUCCACACAAAGAUUACAAUGCUUUCGAAGGCUUUUCCAAAGUCCCGAUGAAAGAUUCAAGAUCAACACGGAAUUUGCAAUAUUCUCACAAAAAUCAGAGGGGAUCUUUCUCAACAUUGAUUGCAUGCAUGAUAUGGCUUUGAUGGAUGCUAAAAAUUGGUGGGCAACUUAUGGUUCCCAAGUGCCUAUGCUUCAAGGAGAAGUGAAGAAUACACUAAGGGGAGAUCUAAGUUGUGGGAUGUGGGUGGAGAUGAGCAUGACAACCUAGGAGAGGUUGGUAUUCUAGAGAUGGCCGAGCUCUCACUUGAACCCGAGAUGGAGAAUAUGAUUUUUGAUGAUGUACUUGGUGAUGGUGAAGAAUGAAACUAUUAGUACUUUUGUUUAUUUUAUUUAUGAUUUGUAAAACUAUUAUUAAGACAUGUAUUUGGUUUGAUGGUUUCUUGAUAUGUAUGAGACUACGUUCGUACACUUUGUUUAUUUACUUGUUUUAACAAAAUUGUGUGUUUUGAGGCUAAUUAUUUAGUGUUUUAUUGAAUAGGUUGUCAAAUUCUCGUUUUUUUGAUAUAUUAUAUGCCUUGUUAUAUGCCGUACCCGUGUCCCCUAUUUCAGGAUUGCCGUUUUCCCGUGUCCGUAUCGUGUCCGUG